AUGAACAACAAAAUGAUAGCAUCAGAGCGAGCAAUAUGCAAAGUUCGGCUACCAGUCAACGAAAGGAGUUGCGAGGAGCCCGAUCUCAACCGUCAAUACAACUUGAACUUAAAAUGGGCAGAUUCAAUACAGAAGCUAUUCUUUACAGAUCAAGAAUCGCCGGAUCGUAAUAAUAUCCGCAAUUUUGAUAUUGUUCUAAACCUUGACGGGUCUGCAGAUAACUAUUUCCAGGACCAACAAGCCUCCUCAAGAUCAGCAAUGCUGUAUCUAACACGCUACCAACUUCCAGAAGCCAUUUCAGGCCGACUUAAUACCACCGAAGAAAGAAUCGCGCGAGCAGAACUUUUUGCAUUAGGCAGAAUUUUGUACGAAAUCACCUCGGGUCAUCAGCUUUUCCAUGAAAUAGAUGAAAGUGUAGACAAUGAGAGGGAAAUUCAGAGGCUCACUGCUAUAGGAAACUUUCCGGAAGAUCUUUGGAAUUUACCAACAACUCCAAGGAUUUUAGCAUGCUUGUGUCCAGGGUUUAAACAAGAGAUGUUGAGUUUUCGCAAGAAAGGUUCGUUGUUCAUAUUUAACCCUUUUAUUUACCUAUAUAGUAUUUCCCUCUUCUCUAUUUUAUCUCUUCAAGAACCUCUCUGUUCGCCUUAUACAGCAUACACUUGUCUAACCUGUCUGUCCGUUAUUCUUCAAAUAGGCAUUAGAAACUAUAUCAAAAAGCAUCCUUACCGAUUUGGUUUCCAAGUUUUAAGUGGGGUUGCUACAGUUGCAUCCGUUGCCGCAGUACCAGUCCUUGGUGCAGUAGGUUUUUCAGCUGCAGGCCCUGUCGCUGGUUCCACAGCAGCAGCCUGGCAAUCUAGUAUAGGCCUUAUCGAAGUAGGGAGUGUUUUUGCGUGGUGCCAAAGUGCCGCCAUGGGAGGCGCUGCUGUAGGUGGAAUUAUCGGCGCCGGUGUAGGUGGAGCAGGACUUUUAGCUGGUGCUACUAGCUUAGGUGCAUUAGAUGGGGCAGAUUUUAAUAGCUCUGAAUUAAAAGAGAGGUUUCGGGCAGCUUGGAAUCGAGAUAUGAAGGGAGAGUAG